AUGUAUUGUUAGCCAACCACCCCCAUUCUCUAUAAGUGAAGUUAUUUUACACAUAACUCACCCUCUCUCUCUCCCUCUCUCAAAAGAAAAGAUAACCAAAUAUGCCAGUUGAUGGUUACGGACUCGCUCCGGGCCUCAGGAAAGGAUAUCCGGGCAACCUCACUUUGUAUGUAACCGUCACAUGUAUGGUUGCAGCCAUGGGCGGGUUGAUCUUUGGUUACGAUAUCGGAAUUUCAGGUGGAGUGACAUCGAUGGACUCAUUUUUGAAGAAAUUCUUUCCGGACGUGUAUAGCAAGGAAACUGCAGAUAAUUCGACGAACCAGUACUGUAAAUUCAACAGCCAGAAAUUGACUAUGUUCACAUCAUCUCUGUAUUUGGCUGCUCUGACUUCGUCGAUUGUUGCUUCGACUGUGACGAGGACUUUUGGUCGGAAACUGUCGAUGCUCUUUGGCGGUGUCCUGUUUUGCGCCGGAGCUCUAAUCAAUGGGUUCGCUCAACAAGUGUGGAUGCUUAUCCUAGGCCGUAUUUUGCUCGGUUUUGGCAUUGGAUUUGCCAAUCAGUCUGUGCCACUAUACCUCUCAGAAAUGGCCCCAUACAAGUCAAGAGGAGCACUCAACAUUGGCUUCCAACUUUCAAUUUGUAUAGGCAUACUAGUAGCCAAUGUUCUCAACUACUUCUUCGCCAAAAUCAAAGGCGGUUGGGGAUGGCGGUUGAGUUUGGGCGGAGCCGUUGUCCCCGCCCUCAUAAUCACCAUCGGAGCGUUGGUCCUCCCGGAAACACCCAACUCGAUGAUCGAGCGUGGCAAGGCCGCGGAAGCCAAGGCGAAGCUCAUACAGAUCCGGGGCACUGACGAUGUGGAGGAGGAGUUCUUCGAUCUUUUGGCGGCCAGCGAGGAGUCGAAGAAGGUGGAGGAUCCGUGGGCCAAUCUGUUGCAAAAGAAGUACAGGCCGCACCUUACAAUGGCUAUCAUGAUUCCGUGUUUCCAGCAAUUGACUGGGAUUAAUGUGAUCAUGUUUUACGCGCCGGUUUUGUUCAAAACGAUCGGGUUCGGAAGCGACGCUUCCCUUAUGUCUGCUGUAAUCACAGGUAUUGUGAAUGUUGGUGCGACGCUUGUUUCGAUUUACGGUGUGGAUAAGUGGGGGAGAAGAUUUUUAUUCCUUCAGGGUGGCACUCAGAUGUUCAUUUGCCAGGUUGUAGUAGCAGCUUGCAUCGCAUCCAAAUUCGGAAUUCACGGGGAACCCGGAGACCUACCGAAGUGGUAUGCCAUUGUAGUGGUACUCUUCAUAUGCAUCUACGUCGCAGGAUUUGCAUGGUCAUGGGGACCCCUAGGGUGGUUAGUCCCUAGCGAAAUCUUCCCUCUGGAAAUCCGAUCGGCCGCUCAGAGUAUCAACGUCUCGGUCAACAUGAUCUUCACGUUCAUCAUUGCCCAAAUCUUCCUAGACAUGCUCUGCCACUUCAAAUUCGGCCUCUUCCUCUUCUUUGCUUUCUGGGUGGUGGUGAUGACCAUUUUCAUCUUCUUCUUCUUGCCCGAGACCAAGAACAUCCCGAUCGAAGAGAUGGUGAUUGUUUGGAAGGAACACUGGUUCUGGUCCAAGUACAUGGUUGAUGUUGAUUAUCCGGCCGGCAAAGUAGCCGGUAAAGGAGACUUCUAGAUGGGGGAAACGGUCUCCAUGAGCCCAAAAAUGUGUGAUUUUGUAUUUGUGUACUUAAAAGGAUUUUGGAGGGAGGGGGAUAAACUCGAAUUCGUCUUUGUUUGUUCUGUUUUUUUUUUUUCGAAGAAUGUACUGGUUGGUGGCUACAUUUAUCUUCUAGUGGGAACUCUUCAUGGGUUUUACUUCUCCUCUAGUAAAUGCUACUUUGGUUUCAGUGUCAACAA